AUGGUGAUUAAAGUUUAUGGUUUGGCUAUGUCAACAUGCACACAAAAAGUAUUAACCACACUUAUUGAAAAAGGACUUAAAUACGAAAUAGUAAAUAUAGAUUUUGCUGCAGGUGAACAUAAAUCACCAAAAUAUUUAGAAGAGAAACAACCAUUUGGUGUUAUUCCAGUCCUUGUUGAUGAAGAUGGAUUUAAAAUCUAUGAACCAUCAAUAACAGUCAAUCUACUUGAACAAGUCUAUUUACUUCGGGAUCCAUUUGUUGCUAUUAAAAAUAAAGAUGAUCAAACAAAAAUCUCAUCAGUAAUUAUUGGUUCAACAUGUUCUGUAUGUUCAAGUCCAGUGUGUGUUCAUUUAGAUUGCAGUUUAUUCUAUACGAGAAGAUUUUGUUUGAAAUGCAUCGCAAAAUAUCGUGAUGAAUUUCCACGUGAAGUUCUCGAUGAAAUUGGUGUUAAACGAUUAGACAAAUUUACAAAUGAAGAAUAUGAGCAAUAUGAUGAGAAUUAA